AUGGCAGGUCAAGACAAGAAAAAAUCCAAGAAGGCCGGCGGAGCCAAAGGCGAAUCCGCCAAGAUCAUCACGGAUCCACGGUUCGCUAGCAUUCAAUCCGAUCCUCGUUAUCGUCUCCCCAGCAAGCGCCAGACCCAUGUCAAACUUGACAAGCGAUUCAAGCACAUGCUCGAUGACAAGGAUUUCUCUCGCAAUGCCGCCGUUGAUCGAUAUGGACGCAAAUUGGCCGCCGACGACACCAAGCAGCAAUUGAAAAAGUUCUACCGCCUAGACGAGGAUGACGAGGACGAAGAAGAGGACGAAGACGCAGGCGACAACGUCAGUAUCGCCGACGACGACGAGGUUGAAAAAGAACUGAAGCGGGUCGAUGUGCCCGGCUACGAUCCUGCCCGCGAUGGUGGCUUCUCUUCUUCAUCAUCUGAAGAUGAAAGCUCUAGCGAUGAAGACGAAGACGAGGUGGAGGCCGAGAAUGAGGAUGACGAACUUGAAUUCCCCGAUAAACAGCGCGUCGAUGUUCCUCUGGGAGAAGUCAGCGACCGGAUAGCUGUUGUCAACUUGGACUGGGAUAAUAUUCGAGCGGAGGACCUUAUGGCUGUCUUCUCGAGUUUCUUACCACCCGGAGGCCGUGUCCUAAGGGUUGAUGUUUACCCCAGUGAAUUUGGAAAGGAGCGCAUGGAGAGGGAGGAAGUCGAGGGUCCCCCGAAGGAGAUUUUUGCCAAGAAGCAAGAAGUUGCAAGCGAAGAUGAAGAGGAGCUUGACUCCGACGAGGAGGAGGAGGAAAUCAAAAAGUCUCUGCUGAAGAGCGACGAGGGAGAGGAGUUUAACACAACACAACUGCGACGCUAUCAGCUCGAGCGACUUCGCUACUACUACGCUGUCCUCACAUUCUCCUCCAAGGAUAGUGCCAAGCACGUUUACGAUCUUGUGGAUGGUGCAGAGUACCUUUCCAGUGCCAACUUCUUUGAUCUACGUUUCGUUCCCGAUGACACCGAUUUCGAUGACGACAAGCCCCGAGACUCCUGCACUCGGAUUCCUGAUGGCUACAGACCAAACGACUUUGUGACGGAUGCUCUCCAGCACAGCAAAGUUAAGUUGACAUGGGACGCGGACGACAAAUCACGAAAAGAGGUUCAAGCACGCGCAUUUGGAGGGUCACGAAAGGAUAUUGAGGAAAAUGACCUCAAGGCAUACCUGGGAAGUGACAGCUCCGACAGCGAGGAUGAGGAAGAUGGCGGUGUGGAAGUUGUCGACAACACUGCGGGUGAAGGUACAAGCGUCAAACUAUCCAAGCGGGAAGCCGAGAGACAGCGCAUGCGUGCUUUGCUGGGCCUGAGCGCACAGCCUGCCCCUUCUUCUAAAUCUAAGGGCCCUGUCGGUGAGAUGGAAGUCACUUUCACAUCUGGUCUCGCGGGCGGCAAAGGAAAAGACACAAUUUUCGAAAACGAGCCGGAAAUCGAAGAGAGCACAAUCGAUAAAUAUGUGCGCAAGGAGCGCGAGCGCAAGAAACGCCGAAAGGAGAAACUCAAGUCUGGUAACAAGGACGAGCCCUCCGAGGAAGCCCAGGAGGCUGCCAGCGAUCAUGAUGAGCCUGCUGCCGAGGCACUAAAAGAUGCGGAAGAUCUCGGCUUCAACGAUCCCUUCUUCGAUGAUCCUGCUGGUAAAGCCACUUCCGCAUCUAUUCGCAAGGAAGAGAGGCGCAAGAAGCGUGAGGAGCGUGCUGCUGAAGAGGCUGCCUCUGCUGCUCAGCGGGCUGAGCUUGAACUCUUGAUGGUCGACGAUAAGAAGGCGACCAUCAACCACUUUGACAUGACCGAGAUCGAAAAGGCAGAGAAGCAGGCACGGAAGAAGGGCAAGGGCAAGGGCAAGGGCAAAGGCAAGCAAGUCGUUGUUGAAGACAACUUCAAUGUGGAUACCAAGGAUCCCCGGUUUGCUCGUCUGUUCGAGAGUCAUGAGUUUGCCAUUGAUCCGACCAACCCCCGCUUCAAGGCUACUUCCGGCAUGAAGGCCCUGCUCGACGAGAGCCGUAAGCGCCGGCACACCCGUGAUGAUGGUGAAACCGAGGCAGUUUCUUCCAACCAAGACCGCAAGAAGAAGCAAAAGAAGGAUUCUAAUUCUGAUCUGAAACUACUGGUGGACAAGGUCAAACGGCAAUCUAAGGCAUGA